AUGCGACGGUCAUUGUCAGCACUCGCCGUUCUCUCGCUUGCCUUGCCGUUCGCCCGGGCGACUCCAUUACUGGCAUUCCUGGCUCCACGCUGUUCCAACUAUUGCGGCUACUACGACCAGCUGUGCUGCAGCGAUACCGAGACAUGCUCGACGAACAGUGACGGCGAGGCGGUCUGCGUGGCGUCGAGCAGUAGCGGGGAAUGGGAGUACUACACGACGACGUAUGUCUACACUGAGACAGAACGGACGACUGUCACGUCGACAUGGAGCACCUUCAUCCCGGCGACGACGACGGCAGCCGCCGCGUCAACGAGCACCUGCAAGGCCUCGCUGGGUGAGACGGUGUGCGGCAGCAACUGUUGCGGCGCUGCGUACGAAUGUUCUAAUGGCGAGUGUGUGGCUGGCAGCUCCGUUGUUACGGCGGCAGCUACAGAGCCGCUGCGUGGGACCAGCGCCACGACAGUGACCGCGACGGCGUCUGCGACGACGACAGAACCCUUCGUUGCGCCUGUCAGCACGGGCGGGGAGCCCCUGACCGAUGUGAAGGCCAAGAGCGGGAAGAGCCUGAGCGGCGGUGCUAUCGCAGGCAUCGUCAUCGGUGUCAUCGCAGGCGUCUUCCUGCUGCUCCUGCUGUGUGCUUGUGUCUGUUUCCGGGGUAUUCUGGAUGUCCUGUUUGGAUGCUGCGGUGGCAGUCGUCGUCGCCGAGACACGACCUAUGUUGAGGAACGGUAUUCGCGCCAUUCCCAUGGUGGGAGCAGACCCCCUCCCUCCGCCGUCGCUGCUGCUGCUCCGCCGCGGCCGGAGAGACGGACCUGGUUUGGCACCCGCCCGUCCGCACCGGCUCCAGACGGUGAAAAGAGCUCUCGAUGGGGCAGCCUGGCCACAAUCGGGAUCCUGCUGGGCGCGCUGGCUCUGUGUUUGGGCCUGAAGCGACGUCGGGACGAGGACGAAAAGAGCGACUACACAGCCAGCUCUUACUACUAUUAUGGCUCCGAAUCUUAUGGCCCCAGCGAGAGUAUGUCACCCCGAACCCCUUGAUCUAUAAUAUAUAUAUACAGAUUAUGCUAACAGUUAAAACAGGUACCCAAAGUUCCGACAGGCGCACGAGGGAGACGAGACGGUCAAGACGGUCUCGCACACGAUCUCGCCGGUGAGAAACAACGACGCAAUGACUCGAUGG